GCAAAAUAAAAGUGUGAGAGAAUUUGGAUCUGUCGCUUUUUCUUUCGACUUUGUUUUCUUUCACUUUUUUCAUUUGUUCUCUCUUUAACAUGCAAAUUUUAGACUCGGUGUUCAUUGUGACAGGCGGAGCCAGUGGACUUGGUGAACAAGUGGUGCGAACUCUCGUAUCACAUGGCGGCAAUGUGGUGAUCUUGGAUUUGAACGCAGAAAGAGCCAAAAAGUUGGUGGAAGAACUUGGCAGUCAAGUCUACUGUCCUGGUUCGGUCAAUGUUACUUGUGAGGAAAGCGUUACCAAGGCCAUCGAGACGGCUAUGGGCGUGUACAAAGACAUUCCCCUUGUUGGUGCGGUGCUUUGCAGUGGUGUUAUCGUACCGCCAACGAGCCUUCCAGGUUACGGACCCAACGGAAUGUUGACCAGUUAUAAACAGUUUGAGAGCAUCAUGAAGGUCAACGUGCUUGGGAGCUAUAACGUGGCUGAGAAGGUGGUACCUUACAUGAUAAAAAACCAACCUUUCAACGAUGAUGGUGAACGUGGAGUGAUCAUUUCUGUUUCGUCCAUUUUAGGUUUAGACGGAGUUACCGUAGGCUACGGUACAUCCAAAGCGGCGAUUGCGGGUUUAACCUUCCCACUGGCCAACGAACUUGCCCCCUAUGGUAUCCGCGUGAUGUCGAUUGCUCCUAGUGCUUUCGCUACCCCGUUGCUUGACAAGCUGGCAGUAAAGGCCCCCGUAUCCCCCUUCCCCAAGCGUCUUGGGCAGCCAACCGAAUUUGCCGAUCUAGUGAUUCACGUCAUCCAUAAUGUCAUGUUAAAUGGUAGCGUUAUCCGUUUGGAUGGCGCUUUACGAGCCGUCCCCUUUGGAGAGCCAUUGCAAUAAAAAUUUGACAGAUGAAUCAAUAAAAUAAUAAAAUUAAAAAUACCCGAC